GCUUUUUAAAUUUUAUUUUCUCUUAAUUAAACCAAACUGAUGUUUAACUCAAUGUCUGUUGAGUAGUUAAACAGUAGUUCAGACUGUUAACACAUUAGAAACACUGCUUGAGCUGUUUCAUCCUAUGACACGUAACUUGGCUAACGUGAAGUUUGGUGCUAACAUUAUAUAGUCAACAUUGGGAAUGUCUUGAAACCUUUCGUUUUAUAUUCGUACUUUAGAGCUUUGAGUCGUGUGUUAGUUUCUUGCAAUGUGAAGGUUUACCUUUGUCACUCACAAGACGAGUGGGAACGUGACUACUUUAAGGAAAAUUAAAGAAUGGGAAGGGUGACUUGUAAAAGUAGGGAGUUAUCACCAGUGACAUGAGCUGAAACGCCCAGGUAAGAUGUGAUGCUUGUCAAACCCCAGAAACACGUGAAGCAAACUUUACAUUUACCAACAGUGCUGUGUGUAUUAAUGCGAAAAUGUAUUCACGUUUUUCUCUACAAAGAAUUUAGUUAUUGAAACACUGUAUAUUUUUUGUAUUAGAUUUUUCUACUUUUUGUAUACUUUUUAGAGUAAUCGUCUGUUUCAUAUCAAAGGGAGAUUUUAUGUGUAAGUAGGGUAAAAUGUAAAAUUUUAGACUUGUAUUUUACCAUUUCUAUUUCCUUACUCUUAACCGCUCUAAUGUCAUUUUAAAGUGCAAAGAGGAUUUCCCAAAUGACACCAAAAAUGAAGAGUUAUUAGAAUUUGAGACUGAGAAAAUGUAUGUCCCUUGAUUUACUUGGAGGAAAAUUUCAUUUUACCAUUAAGUGUUCAGCUAAUGAGUGCUUUCUUUUUUAUUGAGAAUAAUGAAAAUCAGUUUAUUGACUUCUUAUAGCAGUUUCUUUAUUCAUCUAAAAAUUGGUUACUGUAGCACAGAAUACAUUUUGCACCAUCUAAACCAUAUUCUGCUUCAAACUAAAUAUAUUCUGCUCACAUUAUUCCUCAGAUUAAAACUUAAUAACAGGAGCUGCUUGCAUAUGUUCUUGAAAAGAUAAUUUUAUUAACAUAAACCUCUUCAGUAAGCCCCAGCUAUGCUAUUAUCAGAAGAUGAUAAUAGCAUCUUCCCAUGUUAUCCUCCUGCAUAGCACGUGAAAAACUAAGAUUUUAUGCCUAAAGAUUGAUGAAAAAUAGUGGGGGAAAUCCUCUUCUUCUUUGUCACGCUUCGGUCUUUAGAGUUUUCCCCCCUUCUGCUGUCAAAUAUUUCAGUGCAUGUUUGCUCUUGUUUUUGUGCCAGGGAUGCUAGAUGUAACUUGUCAAGUUUCUCACUAAGGCCCAUUCCUACCUCGCCGGAGCCGCGUGAACAGGAAGUGCAGAGUCGCGGUGUAGUGAGGGCAUACGUUGGGAAUUCCAGCCCUCCGGCUUUGUUGUCCUGUCCUGCUGCAUUCUUAAGCGUUUUUGUGAGCGGCGGUUUGGAAGGCUUGUCCUGAUUCACGGAGCGCUGAACACAUGAAAUCACUGUCCUGCAGAUGAGCCGUCGCAGGGGGCUUGCCCGUCGCUGUCGCAGACCCAGAUAGUUCCCGGCGGCAGCGGCACCGCCCCGACGUCCCCCGGCAUGCCCAACAGCAGCCGGGCGGGGAACCUGAAGGACCCCGAAAUCGCAGAACUCUUCUUCAGGGAGGACCCGGAAAAGCUCUUCACAGAUCUGCACGAAAUUGGACAUGGCAGCUUUGGAGCUGUGUACUUUGCACGGGAUGUGCGGUCAAAUGAUGUGGUGGCCAUCAAGAAGAUGUCCUAUAAUGGAAAACAGUCUAAUGAGAAAUGGCAAGACAUAAUCAAGGAGGUGAAAUUCCUGCGGCGAAUACAGCACCCAAACAGCAUAGAGUACAAAGGAUGUUACCUGCGAGAGCACACUGCAUGGCUGGUAAUGGAGUACUGUCUAGGCUCGGCUUCAGAUUUGUUAGAAGUCCACAAGAAACCCCUGCAAGAAGUUGAAAUUGCUGCAAUUACCCAUGGUGCUCUAAACGGAUUGACUUACCUUCACUCCCACAACAUGAUCCACCGUGACAUCAAAGCAGGAAACAUCUUGUUGACCGAACCGGGUCAGGUGAAACUAGCAGACUUUGGCUCGGCCUCCAUUGCCUGUCCAGCCAAUUCUUUUGUUGGGACUCCAUAUUGGAUGGCUCCAGAGGUCAUAUUAGCCAUGGAUGAGGGUCAGUAUGAUGGAAAGGUGGACAUCUGGUCUUUGGGAAUAACCUGCAUUGAAUUAGCUGAAAGGAAGCCUCCACUGUUCAACAUGAAUGCGAUGAGUGCCUUAUAUCAUAUAGCACAGAACGACAGCCCCGUUCUGCAGUCUACCGAAUGGACGGAUUAUUUUCGGAAAUUUGUCGAUUCGUGUCUUCAGAAACUUCCUCAGGAAAGGCCAAACUCCGAGGAGCUCCUAAAGCAUGUUUUUAUCCAGCGUGAACGGCCGGAAUCGGUCCUAAUAGAUCUGAUAAAUCGGACCAAGGAUGCUGUGAGGGAACUAGACAAUCUGCAGUACCGCAAGAUGAAGAAGAUCUUAUUUCAGGAAGCCCUCAACGGCUCCCCGAAUGAGCCGCAAGACGACGACGAGGAGCCGGACCCCAGCGUGAGCGGGACGGGCACGGUGAAGAGCGUCGGGAGCAACCAGUCCAUACCCAGCAUGUCCAUCAGUGCCAGCUCCCAGAGCAGCUCCGUCAACAGCCUACCCGACGCAGGCGAGGACAAGAGCGAGCCGGACAUGGACGGCGACGGCACGGUGAUGUCCAACAGCUCGGUCAUUAAUCUCAAACCCGAACAAGAGACGCUCAAAGAAGAGUCAGAGUCUCAUGGCAGAGCCACAACGGAGCCACAAGCUGCCCCCACUCAGACCCAGAGGACGAGACGAAAUCGUGAAGACUUUGCGACUAUACGCACAGCGUCAGCGCUCACACGCCAGAUGAAGGAGCAUGAGCAGGAAUCGGAGUUAAGAGAGCAGAUCCUGGGCUACAAGCGAAUGAGACGGCAGCACCAGAAGCAGCUGCUGGCUCUGGAGAAUAAGCUGAAGACCGAGAUGGACGAGCACCGGCUCCGUCUGGACAAGGAGCUGGAGACCCAGAGGAAUAACUUUGCCCAAGAGCUGGAGAAAGUGGUCAAGAAACACCAAGCAUCCAUGGAGAAAGAUGCAAAAACAUUUAGCAACGAUGAAAAGAAGUUCCAACAUCACAUCCAGAGUCAGCAAAAGAAAGAGCUGAACAGCUUCCUGGAAUCCCAAAAACGGGAGUACAAGCUUCGCAAGGAGCAGCUGAAAGAGGAGCUGAAUGAAAACCAGUCGACGCCCAAGAAAGAAAAGCAGGAGUGGCUGUCCAAGCAGAAGGAGAACUUCCAGAACCUCCAAGCAGCGGAAGAGGCCAACCUCCAGCGCAGACAGAGGCAGUACCUGGACCUGGAGUGUCGCCGGUUCAAAAGAAGGAUCCUGAUGGCUCGCCACAAAAUUGAACAGCAGCAUCUGCGAGAGGAAUUAAACAAGCGUCAGACCCAGAAGGACUUGGAGCACGCAAUGCUCCUCCGACAUCACGAGUCCAUGCAAGAGCUUCAGUUCCGCCAGCUCAACACCAUCCAGAAGACGCGAGUUGAGCUGAUCCGGCUACAGCACCAGACGGAGCUGACCAAUCAGCAGGAGUACAACAAGAGGAGAGACCGGGAGCUUAGACGAAAACACGGCAUGGAGGUUCGUCAGCAGCCCAAGAGCCUCAAGUACAAAGAGAUCCAGAUCAAAAAACUGUUUCAAAACACGUGUAAGACCCAGACCCAGCAGUAUAAAGCAUUGAGGAACCACCUGUUGGAGACCACACCAAAGUCCGAGCACAAAGCUGUCCUCAAACGUUUAAAGCAGGAGCAGCAUCGCAAGCUUGCCAUUUUAGCAGAGCAAUACGACCAUUCUAUCAGUGAAAUGCUCUCAACACAGGCGUUACGCCUGGAUGUGACUCAGGAAUCUCAGUGCCAAGCAUUACAGAUCCAGCUACAGCAAGAGCUGGAGCUUCUUAAUGCCUACCAGAGUAAAAUUAAGAUGCAGACGGACGCACAGCAUGCCCGCGAGAAGAAUGACCUGGAACAAAGGGUGUCACUCCGAAGAGCGCUACUGGAGCAAAAGAUUGAGGAGGAAAUGCAGUCAUUGCAAAACGAGCGCACCGAGCGCAUCCAGAACCUGCUGGAGCGCCAGGCCAGGGAAGUCGAGGCCUUCGACUCAGAGAGCAUGCGCCUGGGCUUCAACAACAUGAUGCUGGCAGACCUCUCCCCCGAAGCGCUCAGCAACAGUUUCCCCGGUGCACCAGGCGGCUACAGCCAGCACCAGCAGCUGCGGCCCUCAUCGAGCUCUCAAGGGCCGCGCUGGAGCAGCCGUGGUUCCAGCCUGAGCUCCAAUCACAGAGGCAGCCACCACCACUACCAAUCCAGCUUAGGAGGGUCUCCUAUGCAGCAAGGGUGGGGGGGGCACGGCUCGCCGGGCGGAGGAGGAGGUGGUGCGGGUCAGAUGCAGUGGGGCCACCCACAAGGCGGGGCCCUGCAGGCAAUGGGAGGGCGCGUCGAGCCCGGGAUGAGCAGGAGCUCCAGUGUUACCUCGCAAAUAUCCAACGGGUCGCAGUUCUCCUACUCUUAGAUUCGCCUUCCUGUCUGCCUUGGAGUCACUUUAUAUAGAAAGCUGUCUGCCUGUGACACUACCCCCCUCCCAAAAUGUCUCCCCUUGUACAGAUGUGGAUGUGUGGUGGAGUAAAUGUUGCUCAGGUCAAAAAGGGGAGGGAGCCUCCCUCUCCCCCAGCCCAUCCUCAACGGCAGUUUUAUGAGCACACACAGAUUCUGAAAUGCAUGUUACACAAGAGUAUCAACAAGUAAGUUUGACUUGUUUUUCUUUUUUUGUUUUUGUUUUUACAGUUCUCCUUUGUGGAGGAUAUUUUUUCGUAAGUUUGUGCUAUUCACAGCCAUUGCUCUCGUUUUGCACAUAAAACACCACUCUAAAGCCUUUUGUAGGUUCAAACAAUCGCAUUAAAUAGAUUUUUUUAUUAUUAUAAUUUUUAUUUCAAUUUUUUUUAUCUUCCCGUUUAUGUUUAGCAAUGCACUGGCCAAAUUUUUUUUUUUUGUUUGUUUUUUUUUCUGUGGUACAGUGGAGAACCCAAUCAAACAACUGGGGAUGCUUUGCUGUUGUCUACCAGCCUGCUGUAGUGGCCCUUCAUGUUUUUUUUUUGUUUUGUUUUUAAUUAAGAAAUUUUGCUCCGCCUUAAUUCUCAAAGAUCAACCAAAAAAAAAAAAAAAAAAAAAAAAAAAACUUCACA